AUGGAGUCUAACUCCAGGAUGGUGGACAUCAGAUCAGGUGCAUGCAUACAUGAUCAUGCAGCUAGCUGGCUGCACUGCCGUGCCCGUAUAGCUGGGCAGAGCAGUCAUAGCCAAACACCAUGGUGGAAGGCAAACUUCUUUGUGAGGGAACCUGUCCUCUUUGGAACAUGGGAUGGCGUCUUCACGUCCUGUAUGAUCAACAUCUUUGGUGUGGUCAUCUUCCUUCGGACAGGCUGGAUGGUGGGUAACGCUGGAGUAGGACUGUCGAUUCUAAUCAUCCUCAUGACUGUGGCGGUAGCUCUUGUCUCGUCGUUGGCAGCCAUCGGGGUCUGUGAGAGAUGUAAGAUGGAGAGCGGGGGCAUCUAUUUUCUCUUGUCCCAUGUCCUUGGAGCUAGGAUGGGGGCAACACUUGGAAUCCUUUAUUCCUUUGGGCAGACUGUAGCCUGCUCACUCUACUGUACAGGUUUUGGGGAGUCUGUUGCCAAGACCUUUGGUUGGGACAAUGCCUGGGCCGUCAGGGGCGUUGGGAUAGCGGUCAUCUUGCUUCUACUGGCCAUUAAUAUUGCAGGGGUCAAAUGGGUCAUCAAGAUGCAGCUCCUCCUUCUGGCUGUCUUGGGCGUUGCUACUCUGGACUUCCUAGUUGGGACAGUAGCCCAUACUGACAAAGCAAAUGGUUUUGUAGGCUACAACCGCGCCGCCUUCCAUAACAACACUGGCGCCGACUACCUACCAGGUGAAAAUUUCUUCACGGUGUUUGGUGUAUUUUUCCCAACUGCCACUGGAGUGAUGGCAGGCAUCAAUAUGAGUGGAGAUUUACGUGAACCACACAAGAGUAUCCCCAAGGGAACCCUAUCAGCUCUUGGUGUGACAGCCGUCCUGUAUCUUCUCUUUGCCAUGCUUCUGGGAGCGACGUGUAUGAGAGAUUUCCUGCAGACAGAUUACAUGAUAGCAGAGACAGUGUCACUAGUGGGAUUCCUAUGGCUGCUUGGGCUGUACAUCUCGUCUUUGUCAUCAUGUUUAGGAGGGCUUUAUGGAGCACCCAGAAUACUCCAGUGUAUAGCUAACGAGAACGUUAUUCCCAUCAUUAAAUUCCUGGGCCAUGGGAAAGGGCCAAAUAAAGAGCCUAUCAUAGCCCAGCUCCUUGUGUGCUUCAUAGCUAUCCUCUUCAUCUUCAUCGGUCAAGUCAACUAUCUUGGUCCUAUCGUAACCAUGCCUUUCCUCCUCUCCUAUGCCGGUAUCGACUACGCCUACUUCUCCCUGGCCAUGAGCUUCGACCGCGUCGGCGGUGAGCCCGGGAAGGAGAAGGACAGCCUCCUCUCCCACGUCAUCGAUAAGAAUCGACAGGAUGGCACCUCGUACGGCGCCCUCGUCAACGAACCCGACGAUGAUUCGAACCGCAGGGACUCGCUCUCAGAAUUCAAGCAGGACAUCGAGAAGGCAGAAAAGGCAUUUGGAGUUUCGGAUGAAAAGAAAGAGGACGGUCAAGAGAAGAAUUCGGUUGAGAAUGGAGGAAAUCAGUAUGGAGGUGUGGUCGGGAUCAGUGAUAAGGAGUCACUUAUUGAUUCACAAAAUAGAGGGGAUUCCAAAGGUCCAUUCAGUACAGAGAUAACUCGCAUGCCCCCAUCAUGGUAUUCAAGAUUCUGUAACAGAUGGGUCUCUCUUAUAGGUGCUUUAAUAUCUGUUGCAAUCAUGUUUGCCAUCCAAUGGGGCUAUGCUCUUGCCAACGUGUGCGUAUACUUAAUCGUCUACAUCUAUAUUGGCCAGGCUAAUCCGGGAGUAAAACCAGGCGUGGCCGACUUUCAGUUUUUCAGGUGGAUAAAAUCCCUGUUCCAGAGGCUUCUCAGGAAACCAUCUCCGGUUCCUGAGCAAAUGAUCCUCAGUCCGUUCCCGGACAACAUGGGCAUAGAGGAGUCUAGUGUCAAUCGGGAUAAUGAAGAUUUUGCCGACCGCCAUCGUUUCCACCACUCAUCCGUCGUCGAGGGCAACAACUUGGUUGAUGACCAGCCCUUGUCUGCCGUUCAGGCCAUCGGUGGUGAAUCGGAGGAGGAGUUCUCUCCUCAAGAUAGUCUUCCACAUUUACCACAUACAAAGAGGCAUUUAGAAAUAUUGAAAAAGGGUGGCGAGAGUCAACCUUUACUCAUAGAGACAGAUAAAGUAUAUAAACCCAGCAUGUGAUCUGUUUAUUCUUAUUUUUGUUUCAUUUUUUGUUUUUUUUAAUGCUUAUUUAAAGUUUACUUGAUUACUACUUUUACUAGUACAUGUAUUGCUCCACAUGAAUAUAGAUUUAUCUGCUAUUGAAAAAGUGGACAGCAUCCACAAGAAUUUUCCUGAAAAGCGGCACCCUAAACUAUGAUUCAAGAGCAUGCCGUUAUUAAAGACAACCUAAUCACAUAUCUUGUGCGAGUGUCCUUGUUUUACACCUCUUAAAAAGGAAUUUCAUGUAAUUUGGACAUACAAGUAUAUGACUGUUUGAUAUAGCAAUGGGGUUCAGAUUUGAGAUGUGAGGUUGGGUUUGCAGUCAACUUUUCAUCAGGGUUUUAUUGAGGUGGCAUAAAUGAUUUCCAUCCUCAAGUCAGUGCAAAUUACAUACCGUUUUGUUUAGUUUAUCGUAAUUUAAGGGCUUUUUACUAAUUUUGGGUAUUUGUAACACUUUAUUUGUGUUGUGUGCAUCCCACCCCCCCCCCCCAAAAAAAAAAAAAAAAUAAAGCAAUAUAUAUUUCAUAAAUAAAUGAAUAAGAAAUAUAUUAAUCAAUCAAAAAAAAAGAUUAAAAUGACCCUGAAUUUUUUUUUUUUUUAAUGUUGUCCACUCUUCAUUGGCAGUGACCCCUUUGGCCAUGGGCUACAUCCUGUCAUUUGACGCUAUGGGCUAAAAUUUGCCCAUGGGGUAAGGUGAAUCAAAUCAUGUGAUGCAUUAUUUUAUAUUAAAUUAAACCGACCAUCUUGAAUCUGCGCCAUCAAGCUUUGAGUCAGUCUGUUUUUAGGAAAAGGGUGAAAAUCUGUCAGUCUAUUCAUUUCAUGAAAUUAUUGACUUAAAUAUGUACAUUGUAAGAUAAGAUUUGAAGUUUCCAUUGAUAUCAAAAUCUUAUGAAAAAUGUUUAGAGUUAUACUGCUAAACCUGAAGUGAAUUUGUCAAUGUGUGAUGCUUUAAAGUUAUUUAGUAUUUGAUAUGAAAAAAAAAUGAAAAUCCAUGUUUCAUUGUUUAAAAUGAAAUCUGAAGUAGAAAUACUACUGUGUAGCACCAGAAUGACGUAGCUCUAUCCCUUGAAUUGUUGAACUUCAAACAGGGUAGCAGCAACUCCCUUCUUUUAACGUCUUUUGGUCUGACGUUGCCGAGCUUGAAUUCCUGACCCCCCGGUUGUGAGACGGACGCUCUAACAUCCCGGUUGGGUCAGACAUGUUUUGUCAACUUUAUUGAUGAAAAUUUAUUUGUCAAUAGGGCACGACUAGGACCCUGUUUCGUGAAGCUUGUUCUCAAUUGCAAAUCUUAAAAUUCCUUGACAUAUUUCGUCUUAUUGAAUCAUGUUUUUGUAGUUAAGUAUAGUUACCUCAUUGAUGAAAGGUUAUAUUAAACAAGGAAGGACCAU